CCAGCUGCGUAAAGUAAAGUGAAAGUGAUGUAUAUCAAAACAACAAUAACAUAGUGGACGAAGAAGCAAAUUUGCAAAUACGCAAUCACAUCAGUCAAUGCACUACCUCGCUGUUGCAAACAACGCUGAAUUUCAACUCAUACGCAACGCAAACGAUAGCAAACCAAAUAAAAUACAAUUCAGUACAUUAAGACAAUUUGCUGAAUAAAUGUUAGGCAAAGUAAUCGUAAACUAUUUUGUUAUUCAUAACUAAAUUUUCACUCCGUGUUAGCCGCGUAGUGCGUGUGUAUAUUUGCUACAAUAGAGGUAAUAGAGAGAAAGAAAAGGCGAGAAAAAAAUUUUCAAGCAGCGCUAACAUAUUGUAAUACAAAUUUUCCGGAAGCAAAUUCCUCUGGCAUACAAAAGUGGUGUUGAUUUACGAAGCUUUCAAGCAAAACUUGCUGUCUCAACAACAGUUGAUAGAGAAACGUCCAGAUGCCUGCACUGAGUAACGGCAAAAACAUGGACAUUUUUAUCCGCGAGGAGGAUGUGUCGGUGGCACAGGUGGGCAUUUAUGCAUCCAUAUCCUUUCUGGUGGUGACUGUUGUCGGUGCAUUGUUCUAUGUUUCGUGUUCGAAAAAAUAUCGACUUAAUUGGUUUGAGAAAAAUCUACUGGAAUCGGCUGCGGAGACACAGGAUACCGAACAGUGCACCGAUCCGCUCGUUGCUGGCGCUGCAGCUUUUAAUGCGGACAACAUCAGCGAAUGUUCGCGUUCUCGUUCGGUCUGCAAAGGUAAUAUAAGCCCCACAUCAAUUAACACUGAUGAUCCCACCUUUUGGGUGCCACCACCACGCAAGACUGUACAACAACAGGUUUCAACAUCUGCUGAGGAGUCCCCACCACCAACACCCACCUCACCAACGGGUAGUCUGAAAUCAAACACCCUCUCGAUGUCUUCGACCAGUUCCGUGCCAAUAACACGUUCGGAUAAGCACGUCAUCUUGGGCAUGAAUCCCAGCAGGCCAAAGGUAGCGUCGAUGAGCGCGAAAUUGGACCAUACAAAAAUCGACAUGUCUCUCUAUAGAAAUAACUCUCAACAGAAGGGUUCCCCGCAAGGCAGCGAUGAUAUUCGUGGUAAUAUUCAUUUAAGUGUGGUUUAUGACACAAUAGCCGGCAUGCUCUCCGUACAUCUAAUAGAGGCACAAAAUUUGCAACCGCGUGACUUUAGCCGCACAGCGGACCCAUAUGCCAAAGUACGUCUGCUUCCCGAAAAGAAGAAUUUCUGGCAAACGCGUAUACAUAAGAAAACUCUCAACCCUAUUUUCGAUGAGGAUUUCGUCUUUGAAGAGAAUACAAGUGUAAUCGAUAAGCGUACAAUUGAGAUUUUGCUUUACGAUUUCGACGCGUACUCACGUCACGUCUGUAUAGGAGGCGCCCAAAUACCGUUAAACAGUUUGGAUCUGAACGAGAAAGUUGAGUUGUGGACACCGUUGGGCUCUUGUGCAGAGCAAGACAUGAAGGUCGACUUGGGCGAUGUUAUGGUUUCCCUUUCAUUUUUGCCAUCCGCUGAACGUCUGACAGUGGUAUUGAUCAAAGCCCGCAACCUACGUAUAAUAGAUGAUUCCCGAAACUCAUCAGACCCAUAUAUUAAAGUGGCGCUAAUAUUCGAUGGUAAAAAAAUUAAGAAGCGUAAAACUGGCGUCACACGUAAUACCGUUAAUCCAGUAUAUAAUGAAGCACUAACAUUUGAUGUUAACAAGGAGACAUUGAAGAAUAGUCUUAUUGAGUUUACGGUCGUUCACGAUGGACUGUUGGGUUCCAGCGAAAUUCUGGGUCGUGCAGUCAUUGGCAACUCUGCAGAAGUGCGCGCUGAAGAACGCAUGUUUUUCGAACAAAUGUUUCGUUCCAAAAAUUCACUCGCUCAAUGGGUUCCACUGCAGGAGACUAGCAAUCCACGCGCUAAUUUAGCCAACCUACCAACCAAUGUGAACUAAACAUUAAAUAAAAGCGAAAUUUGCAGGUCGAACAGAGAGUUAACAUAGCGCUGUUAUUGCAGAACAGAGAAUGUUGAUGUAAAUAUUUUCUACUAUGGAAAGUUGGAAACUCCUUUUCUUUAGCGGAUUCAUAAAAUUAAUUACACUAAUAUUCUCAGCUGUUAUUAGUCCGUAGAUAAUUAGUUUAUUAAUUCAACUAUUCAUGUGAGCCGCUUUGCACAUUAUUAUGUUUUUGAAAAUUACUAAAAUUGCUGCGUUUGUGUUUAAUUUUAUAAAUGCAAGUUUUGUAUGCAGCUAAGGCAGCUUAUAUGUAUUCAUAUGUGUACCUAUAAAGUAUAUACAAGUAUAUAAGAUAUUUGUAUAUAUAAAUUCUUUUUUAUAAUAUUUUGGUAGAUGUUUUUAUGUUUAUUUUUUAUCUAACUACUACAUGAUCUGAAAGGUCUUUGACUUGAUCGGGGGUUCGCUUUAUCCUUGCCUUAGAGUACUUACUAACCUUAAAUUGAGUAACGCCAGAGCUUCGUAACGUUUCAUUUAAUCGCUCUCAAGUUAUUGCUCCUAAAGUCUCUUCCUCCCUCUGCUGGUGAGUUUCGUGUUUAGAUAAAACAUCGUUUCCGGAUGGUACAAAUAUCGGUUUUUUACCGUAUGCAAAGCAAUGUCAUGAUAAGUGUUACGGUAAAUGUGUCCUAGCCUAUUCUAGCUGAAUUUCGCUAAGAAAUAAUACACCUUAUUCAGGAAGUACAGAAAGUUAAAAAUACUAUUUGCUCUUUCCGAGGCUCGCUAGAAAGAGAUUUCAUUCAACUGAGAAGGUCAAGAUGGAAACAAACCAAAUGGAGAUUAUGUCGUAGAAAAUAGGUAUAUUUUCAUUCAAAGCCACGUUCUAUCAAUGUUAAGCCCAAGACAUUUCAGCUCAUGUAUUAUUUAUCUGUUUUAGUAAGUCCUUAUACACUUAUAUAGUUUACAAGAUAGUUUAGUGGAUUUUACGUAUAUUUUGAAAUAUUUUAUUAAGAUUUAUAUCGGUAAAAUAUUUUAUACUAAUAAUGUCUAAUUUUUUCUCGGUAUUUAAAGGUUUUUUUUCAACAAAUAUUUGAGAAAAUUUUUUCUUGUGUUAAGUAACAAUAUAUACAUUUUUUAGAGGUGGUAAAGCGAAAAAUCCAUUUGAGCCAUUAUACUAUAUAUGUGUGUAUGUAUGUAUAUACUUAUAUAUCGUAAUUGAUGACACGGAUCGCAGGGAAAUGAAAAACUGAAUUAGCUUAGUUUCGAUAAGUAUUAAUGUUAUACAAUAUUGUAUAAGCUUAAGCAAUUUGUUCAGCGUGCUACUACAUGUGCUUUCAACACUUAAUAGCGAAGGAGUAGUUAUGUUAUAUAAUGAGCAUUCUGGUGAACUACCAAGCAGCAAGCUGUUAAUUGUGUGCAAUUCUGCAAGAUUCUAUGUCAAAAAGUACCUAAAGUUGUAUAUUCUUAGAUAAAUACAAAAAUUCAGACUUUAUAUAUAUUAUAUAUGGUAUGUAUUUUUUUUGUCAUUAAAUGUUUAAAUAUCAACAGUUGAACUUAUGUAUUUAUGUAAUUGAACAAAGCUUACUUAGAUAACCAUUAAUGAACGUAUAACAAAUUUGGAUUAACUUUCGCACCAAAUGUAUUUUUUAAGGAAAAGAGUCAUAGGUAUAUAUAUUUACUGAAAUAUAUUUAGCAGUUUAUAAAUCUAUGUGGAUUUGCUGGUAAGAAUUGCAGGCAAAUGUUUUGUAAUAAUAAUAAUUUUCUAAUUAAUUUGUGUUGCAUAUAGUUGUUAUUAAAGUAAUCGUAUGUAUACAAAAUAAAAACCGAACAAAAA